AUGAUGUAUUACAUUCCAGUUGCUCCUCAAUAUUAAUAAUAUACACUUCCUCUAUUUUAAGCUCAGGUAUAGUAGAAUAAUAUUUUUGAUAGACCUAAAUUCCCUGGUACUCACUAAUCUAAAUCAAAUAAUAUAAGUACAACUAUUAUCAUACCAUCACCCAUAUAUCAGUAACCUAAAUAACAACUGAUUACACGCAAUUAAUCAGCUAUGUCAGGUUUAAAUAAUUCUACAAUGACUAGUUUAAGUAGUUUUGCUGGAAGUGCUUUCACAUAAUUGAAAAAACCUCAUAGCACGAUCCUUUUUGAAGGCGCUUGUAAUAAUUAAUAUCAGAAGUGGUAGGAGUAGAAUCUUCCAUAAUUAAAAAAAUAAGAAAAUUCUCUUUCGAGCCAAAAUCCUUCUAAAUGUAUAAACCUCAAAGAAACUUCUGAUACUCUUAUAAACUUAACAAUCUUACAUUAAAGGGCAUUAGAAAAAGAAAAAAUUGAAAAGCUAAUAGAUAACAUCAAUAGCUCAGAUUAGGAGAAGGGUUAGGAUUCAGAAGUUGAUAUAUCAUUUGAUGAUAAUAAUUUUGAAGAAAUUAGUGAUAUUAAGCCUAGGAAAAAUGAAAUAAUUUUGAGUUCUACUAUACAGAUAACUGAAGGUCUAACUCCAAUAAUUAACGAAUAAAGAAUUGAUUAAAUCUAUUCUCAUAAUGACAAUAAGGAACUGAAUGAAAUAUAAAAUAAACAAAGUGGCUAAGAUGGAAACGAACUGUAAUUAUUUAAUCAAGAAAAAGAUCAUGAGAUAAAUUAAGACAUCAGGAAAAUGAAGUCAAUAGAUCAAGUAUAUAUUUUAGAGAACGAAUUCAAAAAGAAUCCUAACUGGUCUAAAGAUAAAAUCAAAUAGUUGUCCACAAUAAUGAGGUUAAAAGAAAGUCAAGUAUAUAAGUGGAACUGGGAUCGUCGAAAUCUAAGGGAAAAGUACAUUGAAGGCCGCUUAAAAAGUAUGGAACUCCCAAGUCAAAUAUUUAAAGUUACUAGAGUGAUGUCUCGUGGUUAAAAUGAGUAAACUGAAAUUGAUAUCACUUCUAAAGUUGGGUAUUUCAAGAUACUUAAAUAAAGCAAUCUAAAUCUACAUUCAAUGGAUGAGGAGGAAGGAUUUUAGUAAUUGUGA